AAAAACCCAGUUUAUUACAAAGAUAUAUAUUGUUUGCCAAUUCAGACGCAGAAAUCUUCAAUGACAAUAAAUACUAAACUAUAUAAUAUAUAUACACGAACACGGUUAUGCAACUUGUUCAAACAAACCUUGUACUAUAUAUAAAUCAUAUCCUCUUCAACACAAUUUCACAUCCUUCAAAUUUCUCCACCUUUAAUUUCCUUAAUUAACACAUGGAUUCUUCCAAGAUUGCAGCAAUUCUUCUCCUCUCCAGCCUCUUCGUCGCCGCGACGGCCGACUGGAGCAAUCUGAAAGUGGGAUUCUACGGCUACACUUGCCCCCAAGCUGAGAUUAUUGUAAGAAAAGCUGUGGAGAAAGCAUUGUACAAGAAUCCUGGCUUUGCAGCCGCCCUAAUCCGCAUGCAUUUCCACGAUUGCUUCGUUAGGGGAUGCGAUGGGUCGGUGCUGUUGGACACGGUCCAAGGAAUGCCCGCCGCGGAGAAAGACAGCCCGAUUAACUUCCCGAGCCUCGUAGGCUACGAGGUUAUCGACGACGCCAAGGCCAUGCUCGAGGCGGCCUGUCCCAAGACAGUCUCGUGUGCGGACGUCCUCGCCUUCGCUGCUCGAGACAGCGCCCUCAAGGCCGGCUACAUCUGGUACGAUGUUCCCUCGGGGCGCAGAGACGGCCGCGUGUCUCUGAGCUCCGAGGUGGUGCUGAACCUGCCCCCGCCGUUCUUCUCGGCGGCCCAGCUGAGGGACAACUUCAGGGCUAAGGGGUUGUCGUUGGACGAUAUGGUCACGCUCUCCGGGGCCCACUCCAUCGGGGUCUCCCACUGCUCCUCCUUCGCCCCCCGGCUCUCCCGCUUCAACGCCACCUUUGAUCAGGACCCUACUCUUGAUCCGGGCUACGCCGCCUUCUUGAAGAGCAGGUGCCCGGCUUCCGGGGGCGAUGAUCCUGUCGUUAACAACGACGUUGUGACGCCCGCGGUGCUGGACAACAAGUACUACGUGGGGUUGAAGGAUCGGAAGGGGCUUCUGACGUCGGAUCAGACGUUGUUCGAGAGUGAGCUGACGAGGAAGAUGGUGGUGCGGAAUGCGAAAUACGGGGCGGUUUGGGGGCGGAAGUUUGCGGCGGCGAUGGUGAAGAUGGGCGGCAUAGAGGUGCUCACCGGGAAGCAGGGUGAGAUCAGAAGGAACUGCCGUGUUGUCAACUAUUGAUAUUGUGAUUCGGUUUGAGUUUUUCAUUGUAUUCUUUGAGUUUGAGGUUGCAUGCAGCAAACAUUCGUAUGUGUGAAUUAAUUGUCUCAAUCUUUGCAGUGAAUAAGAAAUUAAUGUUUGUAUUUUAUUAAAUGAUGUGAUUUGUAUUUGGGAGAUUGUUUUGACGAGCAAGAGUAGCUAGAUAUUUC